AUGCCGAGGGUUUCGUCUCUCAGCCUCGUCCUCAGCCCGGCCCUUCCAUCCUUCCGGCGAGCUUUCUCCGGCGUUCGCCUCCGGCUCCACUGCCCAUCAGAUGUUCGCCAAAUUUCCUCACUGGGAACCCCGCAAGUGGCUUCCAUGGCGGUCUCCCCCGCGGCGCCGCCGAGGUCUGCCUACGUCCACCUCCCCUUCUGCCGCCGGCGGUGCCACUACUGUGACUUCCCCAUCGUCGCCCUCGGCUCCCCUCUCUCGUCUCCGGGCAACUACGACGACGACCCAAGAGUGGCCGACUACGUCUCCCUCGUCCUCCGAGAGAUCGCCGCCGCGACCGGCGGCGCUGCUCCGCAGGACUACCCGCCGCUGGAGACCAUCUUCUUUGGUGGCGGCACCCCAUCGCUCGUGCCACCCCGCAUGGUCUCCGGCAUCCUCGACGCCCUCCGGUCGAGCUUCGGCGUCUCUGCCGGCGCAGAGAUCUCCAUCGAGAUGGACCCGGGCACCUUCGACGCGCAGCGGCUGCGGGAUAUGCUCCGCACCGGCGUCAACCGGGUCUCUCUGGGCGUGCAGGCCUUCCAGGAGGAGCUUCUCAUGGCCUGCGGCAGAGCCCACGGCGUGGCGGAGGCGCACCAGGCGGUGGAGAUCGUCGCCGGCGGCCUGGACAACUGGAGCAUGGACCUCAUCUCCUCCCUCCCCCACCAGACAGCCGCCAUGUGGGAGGAGACCCUCAAGCUCGCAGCCGCCUCCUCCCCGGCCCACGUCUCCGUCUACGACUUGCAGGUGGAGAAGGGCACUAAGUUUGGCCAGCUGUGAGUCAUCUCCACCUCCAUGAAUGAAUCGAUCCCCUCUCGCCAAACCCGCUAAAAAUGUUCGAUCUUAUGCUUCAGAUACACACCGGGGGAGCUCCCGCUGCCGUCGGAGAACCAGUCGGCAGAGUUCUACAGGAUGGCGUCGGAGAUGCUCGCCGGAGCAGGGUACGAGCACUACGAGAUCAGCAGCUACGCCAAGCCCGGGUUCCAGUGCCGCCACAACCUCACCUACUGGCAGAACCGGCCGUUCCACGGCUUCGGCCUCGGCGCCGCCAGCUACACCAGCGGCGCGAGGUUCACGCGGCCUAGGAGGAUGAAGGAGUACGCGAGCUACGUCUCCGACUUGGAAGGGGGAGCGGCGGCGGCGGCGCCACCCCCGCCGGAGAGCGCCGACGGGAAGGACGCGGCGAUGGACGUGGUCAUGCUCUCGCUCCGCACGGCCCGGGGGCUCGACAUGAAGGAACUGGCGGCGGGCUUCGGCGGCGAGCUUGCCGCCGCCAUAUGCCGCGCCUUCGAGCUGUACGUGGACAGCGGCCAUGUGGUCGCCAUGGACGAGGAGAUGGCGGUGAUCCCGGCGAGCUCCUUCCGCCGGCGGGAGGAGCUUGCCGGCGGCGGAGUCGCGUUCCUGCGGCUCUCAGAUCCGGACGGAUUCCUCCUCUCCAACGAGCUCAUCUCCAUCCUCUUCGGAGUCAUCUCUCCGUAG